CAUUCAGUUUAAAUUGUGAUCUGAGGUAGAGCGUGUGGGAUCUUUUGAAUCUACUCAUCGAGCGGUUAAUUGAAAUACUUACAAAAUACUUAAGCAGCGUUUAGCAAUCAGAGCUAUCAGCGAUAAUCUCAGCGCGUUCGAUCCAUUGCAGCGUAAUUCAUUUAAAUCAAUCACAAAAAGUCAAUCAGAGCAAAUCGAAAAUGGCCCUGUCCAAGAUCGAUGCGGAGAUCGAGCAGGUCGAUCAGGAGAAGUAUCUGCGCCAGGCCACACACUACUAUCAGGCCCUGGAAAAGCCCCUCAAGUAUGGGCCCGUCAUUGAGACGAUGGACCAGCUGAUCAAGGCACUGCACCGCGAGUUCGAGUCGAACUACGUGAACAUCGAGAUGGUCAAUCACCUGAUGCUCUCCUACAAGUCGAAUCCCAAGGAGUGGCGCAAGUAUGCCAAGUUCGAUCGUUACACCUACACCCGCAAUCUCGUGGAUGCCGGAAACGGCAAGUUCAAUCUGCUGAUCCUAUGCUGGGGCGAGGGUCACGGCUCCUCUGUGCACGACCACGCUGACUCCCACUGCUUCAUGAAAAUGCUGAAAGGGGAUCUGCGCGAGAAGCGCUACGAGUACCCCAAUCGCCCCAACAACACGGUCAGCCGAGACAGCAGCCAUCAUCAUAGCCACGAAGGGGAUAUCGACCCUCGGGAGCUGGUGGAGAUCGGCGAGACGCCGAUUGCCGUCAACGAUGUGGCCUACAUUAAUGAUAACUUGGGCCUGCAUCGUGUGGAGAAUCCGAGUCAUUCGGACACCUCCGUUUCCCUGCACCUCUACUGUCCACCCUUCGACUCGUGCUCAGUGUUCCAGGACAACUGCAAAAAGACCACCGCCAAGGUCACGUUUUGGAGCAAGUACGGCGUCCGGACAAAACCGAAUGAGCAAUAGAUCACCUCAAAUCUAAUUGCGCACCCGCAUCCGCAUCCAAAUACAGUUUUAUAUUGUUGUA